AAGACAAGGCCCUGACUUGUAAGGCCCAAUACCUCCUCAAACGUCAAGCGUUCCCCUCCCAGUCGUCGAAUUCCUUCCGCGGUUGCGUCGAUACUCUUGAGCCGCCGUCGAGGCGCAUUUGCCCAUCUGCUGUCCCUUCAGCUUAAUCAUGGACCGAGCAACAUUUCCCCGCUAAAUAUGGACCGAAAAUAUUCCGGGUCAAACUCUACAUCUUCAAGUAGAGGACUUAUUUACUCCUGCUUAUAUUCUGGCAGCUCAUGAAUUUCUAUAUCUUCUACCAUCUAGGUGACCUUUACCGUCAUGAUUCUUCAUGGCUGAUACACAGAUCAAAUGGCUAAAAAAUUGGUAUCGGAUAUUGAACACCGUCUGGCAGUAUUCUCUUCUUUUGUUUCUCCCAGCUUUGGCAUUAGACACUUAAAUCACAUGAGAUACGGAACACACUUUCGUAUUGGUGAACGGUACUGACAGAGCCAAAUUAUCUUGACCCAGUCCAAAACAACACCAGACAGACCCAGCCAAAGGUCCCUAAAUUCUCAAUCUUUGUCUUAAGCUCACAUCAACAUCUAGGAUUACGAAUUACAGAUUAUUAACAUGGACCCUAGAUACACCGGAGAGAUUUUGAAGCAUUUGGAGAAGCAAAAUGAGCUCCUUACGGAAGCUAAAAUAUCAAUGUCUGAGGAAUUGCACCAACUGAAGGUCGAAGAAGAAAUGCUGAUGCGUAAGUUUUAUGAGAUAAUGUCAGCUCAUGGUAAAGUUAAAAAGAAUGAAGGUUGUGGUAAAGUUUCAGAUGAUGGUGAAAUUGGAAGUUCCGCAGCACUAGCCGGUACAACUAACGACGACGAAUGUUGAUGACUUCAAUUUCUGCUUUCACAUUGUCGAAUGAAUGUGUAUGUAGUACUGAAUAUUGAACCUCCUUUUACUACUUAAGCCAAGUUUCGAUCAACGUUAUGUUGUCAAACGGAUCAAAUAGUUGCAGAGCGUGAAUGCUAUGAGAUAAAUGCCGCAUUCGGUUUCAAGA